UCAAGACUCGGCUUGUCCCAGUGCAUCAACAGCUCAAAAAUUGAAGCCACAAGUUUUGGACCUGGAAACGUGACCCAAGGCACACCAAAAGAUACUACUAUGCAGCCUAUGGGCUUAAACUUUCAGAUCUUUUUAAUAUGCAUUUUCACUGCCACCUUCAUAGUUGGUUUAAUUGGAAAUGGGCUUGUCAUAUUUCUGACCGGCUGCAGAAUGAAGACGACAGUCAAUUCUAUUUGGUUUCUCAACUUGGCGAUUGCAGACUUCAUCUUCAUAUUAUCUUCAAUAAUAUUACCUUUUAUUGGCUACUUUUCAUCCUUAAUGUACGUUUUCUUCAUGAUGAUAUCACUAAACCUGUUUGCUAGCAUUUUUUUUCUUGUAGUCAUCAGUCUGGACCGAUGUCUGUGCACAUGGAUGGUUGUUUGGUCUCAAAAUAACCGAACUGUACUUAGAGCCAGGAUCAUCUGCAUGAUUGUGUGGGUUUCAUCCAUAAGCUGGAGCAUCCCUUUCUUCAUGAAUGCGUUUCCUCGUACAUUUCUGGUCACAUAUAUAUUUUUAUUGGGUUUUCUCAUCCCCUUCCUGAUCAUUGCAUCUUCACACAUUGCUGUUGGAGUGCGAAUCAAACGCCUCAAAAUGGGGAAGCAGCACAGGUCAUACCGGGUCAUUAUCGCUAUCAUCCUGACUUUUUUCAUAUGUUGCUUUCCAUACCAUGUUUGCAGUUUUUGUGCAAUAAAAAUGGAUAACUGGUGUGCCAAUGAUGAAGAAGUAUUUUGCACAGUAUGUGUGUUCAGUCACUAUCUGGUUUUUCUAAACAGCUGUCUGAACCCCAUUCUCUAUGUGUUCAUGUGUGAUGAGUAUAAGAAGAAGCUGAAACAGUCUCUGCUGCUGGUGCUGGAGAUGGUGUUUGCUGAAGAUCAUCUGAUCUUUAGAGAAAAGCAGGUACAAAAGGAUGAGCAGAACAAGGAAAACACCUUGGAAUUGUUAGAUAUGUAGAAAAACAGUCUCUAAAUGAUUGUGACUACCUUAACUAUAUGAAUCUCACCAUUAUAUCAACCACUGUAGUCCUUAUCAGUGCUUUUAAAAAACAACAAUUUGGAUGGGAUUAUAUUAUGUUUUAAUUCUGUGCCUCAGUUUUCUCUUGUUUCUCUGUUUUUGUUAGCCUUUAUAGGUUACAAAGUGUUUGAUUAAGUGGUCACAUGGUGUUUCAUGAUUCUUUGGUUUGUUCCGUAUAUUUAAGCUCUGUGUUUCUUUGAGUUCAUUGUCAGUUCUGCUUCACUUUGUUCAAGUUUGUUAUUCUGUUUCUUUUGUUAAUAAAAUAUAGACUGCUGCAUUUA